AUGAGGACUCCAGCUCCCCAAAGUUUCCUCCUGCUGCUCUUGGCUGCCCUAGCUCCAACUCCCACCCAAGCCGGCUCACACUCGCUAAGCUAUUUUGAAAUCGCCAUGUCCGGGCCUGGCCUCCUGAAGCCCCGGUUCAUCUCCCUUGGCUACGUGGAUGAGUUGCAGUUUGCGCACUUCGACAGCAAUGAGCAGAGUCAGAGGUUGGAGCCGCGAGCGCUGUGGGUGAAGCAGAUAGAGCCAGAGCGUUGGGAGCGAGAGACACUGAGAGUCAAGAAUCACGCACAGAAUGCCCAAAGUCUCCUAGAGGACGCAAUCAAAGAAUACAACCAGAGCCAGGAUGUCUCUCACACUUUCCAGUGCAUAACUGGCUGCACCGUUGGGCCGGACGGGCGCCUCCUCCGAGGGUACAGUCACCAUGCCUACGAUGGCCAGGAUUACAUUGCCUUGAGCGAAGACCUGAAAAGGUGGAAUGUGGCUGACUCAGCGCCUCAGAUCACCCAGCAAAGGUGGAAGGACUCUGGUGUGGCUGAGAUGGUCGGGGCUUUCCUGGAGGUGGAGUGUGUGCAGACCCUCCGUAGCUACCUGGAGCUGGGCAAGGAGAUCCUGUUGCGCACAGAUGCCCCGAAGGUACAUGUGACCCACCACCCCAGACCUCAAGGGGACGCCACCCUGAGGUGCUGGGCCCUGGGCUUCUACCCUGCUGACAUCUCCCUGACCUGGCAGUUGGAUGGGGAGGACCUGACCCAGGACAUGGAGCUUGUGGACACCAGGCCUGCAGGGGAUGGGACCUUCCAGAAGUGGGCAGCUGUGGUGGUGCCUGCAGGAGAAGAGCAGAGAUACACGUGCCAUGUGCUGCAUGAGGGGCUGCCUGAGCCCCUCACCCUGAAAUGGGAGACACCUCAUCCCAUCAUCCACAUCAUGGGAAUCACAGCUGGUCUGAUGCUUUUUGGAGUUUUGGUCACUGGAGUUGUGGCUGCCAUUGUGAUAAGGAAGAAGAGGAGCAGAGGUAGGGAAGGGUUUGUAUCCGAGGAUUUUUAUGAAAGAUGA